CACUACACAAGCACCCUAGACAUCAAGCAUCCCAAAAAAAAUCCUGUCAGCGUAGCCAUGGCUGCUAACCCUUCCUAUUACCAGACUUCUGCGUCUGUUACCUCACCGGUGCAGCACCAGGAGCAUCUCUUCCACCUAUACGCGUUUCAGCAGUACGGCACUAACGAACAUAACAUAGUGCCCUCCAAAGGACUUCCCAAUCAUUUUGGUUGCACGAAUGUUACGGACUGGGACAUACGUGAUGCUCCUGACAACAAGGCAACGGUUGUUGCACGGUUGCAGGGUGUGGGCAUCGCUGCCAGGAAAAGCACCGAAAGUUGGUAUGGUUCUUUCAUCGUGGUGUUCACCGAUCAGAGGUUCAAGGGGUCCACACUCAGUGUGCAAGGGCCUCUUGGACCUGCGACUCUUGGGGAUGAAGGUGAUUGGGCAGUUGUGGGAGGGACCGGAGAAUUUGUGUAUGCACAAGGUGUUUGCAGCUACAAAAGGAUUCAGGCCAUUAGUGGAGUGCUCAUUAAUGAGCUUCGUAUUCGUGUUAUGUGCCUCACCAUCCCAAUGCCGAAGCCCGUCCAAAAGAUUGGGCCGUGGGGUGGGAAUGGAGGGACACCUUACGAAAUCCAAGGUGCAGAGCAACCUCAACGUCUUGAAAGCGUAACAAUAUACGCUAAUAACAAUUUCAUCCAAACAAUUGCAUUUUCCUACACUGACCAAUCUAGCCAGAAGCGGGCAGUUGGUCCAUGGGGUGGUGAUGCUGGAAAGUCCAAGCAACCGCCCAUACAGUUUGGUCCUUCAGAGACCGUGAAGGAGAUCUAUGGGACAACUGGUAAUAACUACGACGGAGUCCACACUGUUGUGACAUCUCUUACAAUUGUAACCAAUGUUAACACCUACGGACCAUACGGGAAACAAGCUGCGGGCAAUACUCCUUUCCGUGUAGCGGCCCCAAACAAUCACAGCAUUGUGGGAUUCUAUGGGCGUGUUGGGGAUGUUGUCGACCAGAUUGGAGCUUAUGUGAGCCCUAACUAGUGCAAGCGAGUGCAUCUUAUAAUAAGAAUAAUAAAGUCUUUAUUACUCCGUGUGAGUAAUAACAAACAAGACACGGGUUGUCCUCGUCAGACUCCCUUUACUAGUUGUUUUCAUCAUUGCCAUGUUGUAGGCUCCAUAUGGCCUGAGAAAUAAAGUUUCAAGUGUCGAUGUUAGCCUUGUAUCUUGCAUGUGUGCUAAUAAUGUUUUAAAGGAGUGUUUUGUUGGCCCAUGGAUGCCUUACAA